UACGUCUCUCUGUUUCAUCCUAGUGUAUUUUGGUAGUCUAAUAAUAAAUAUAACUUCAAAACCAUGGAUCCUAAAACUAGUUAUACAAACCUCUUGUUUAGUCAAUCUCAGACUACAGUGGACCUUGAUUCACCCGAACCUUUUUGGUUGGGUAGCCAAGGUCCUACUGAGUCAGUUGUCGAGCCUGUUGUCGAGUCUGGUGGCGACCCUAAGGAGAGGAGGAAAUGGACUCCGAAGGAGGAUAAAAUCCUUAUUGGUGCUUGGCUUAACACCAGUAAGGAUGCUGUCGUAAGUAAUGACCAGAGGGCUGGUGCAUUCUGGAAGCGCAUUGUCGACUACUACAACGCAAGUCCGCAAUUGGCUGGGACAAUACCGAGAGAGGUUUGUUCCUGCAAGAAGCGUUGGGGUAGGAUCAACACUGACGUAUCCAAGUUUGCUGGAUGCUAUGACGCCGCUCUGAGGGAGCAGAGGAGUGGCCAAAAUGAUGAUGAUGUGAUGAAAGCCGCCAUAGACAUUUUCUUCAAAACUAACGACUACAAGUUCAGCAUGGAUCACUGCUGGAGGGAGCUGAGGCAUGACCAGAAAUGGUGCUCCACCUAUGGGCCUAAAGAAUGUGGAAAUGAAAAGCGCAAAGGAGACGUGGAGGCUGAUGGAGGAAAUGAAGCAGAGGGCAGACCUAUUGGGGUCAAGGCUGCUAAAGCUGCAUCUAAGAAGAAGAAGAGUGGUAAAGAAGAGUCUUUGGCAAAGAUACACGCAAUCAUGGAAAUCAAAGAAAAGCUGUCUAAACAGAAGGUCCUUGAACGUCUUCUUGGGAAAAAAGAGCCACUCACUGAGAUGGAAACAUCCCUUCAACUCAAACUCAUGGCUGAGAUGUUAUGAGGUUCAGCAGUAGUCAGGUCCAGCAGUAGUCACGGGUUGUGAAGAUGGUCACGGGUUGUGAAGAUGGUCACGGGUUGUGAAGUUGUCUGAAGUCACGGGCCCUUCUUUUAUCUAGUUUCUGUAGUAUAAAGUAGUAGUCUCUUUGUUGUUGCUAUGUAUCUCGUUCUCCUACUCUCCUCAUCAUCAAACAUCUUCUGCUACUUCUUGUAAUAUUUGGAGGAAAGACCUUGCUGCUGUAAUAUUUGACUUGCUUCUGGAAACAUUUUCUGUAAUAUUCGACUUGAUCAGUUUAUCUUUUGGUAACAUUUCCAAUUCUAUUUACUUACUUCUCUUUAUAAUUUUGUCCGUUUAACAUUUUAUUAGCCGGUUUGAUAACAGACGUUGCUUCUCUUUAUAAUGACAAAUACAUAAAUAGGUUUCAUAACCUCUUAACAUAUACUCAAACUUGACAUAUACAUAAAUAGGUUUGGCAUUUGUUUAUCCUUAUCUAGUGAACAAACUUGAUGUUUAUUCAUGUGUUGUAAGGAUAGAUGUAGCUUUUAUAAAGUUGCUAUCUUGUCUAAAAUUGUUACAUUUUUAGAAGUGUAUUAAAUUUUCAUAAUUCAAAUGUUUUUUAAAAAUAGCAGUUGUUGUUGAUUUUAGAUUAACUUAUUGAAUGUUUUUAGAUAUGUCGUCAUCUUCAUCUGAUGAAGUGGAGGAAAGACUGGAAGAAAUUUUGGAGGAAUACACAGAAGAUAUAUUUAACGAGAUUGUGGAGGAUCAAACCAUCCCGCAAAGGAGACGUACUUAUAGAGAACGACACCGUGAAGGAGGACACGCGCGCUUAUGGAAUGACUACUUCAGCGAAGAUGCGACAUUCUCGUCUGAUCAAUUUAGACGCCGUUUCCGCAUGAAUAAGGAAUUAUUUUUGCGUCUUGUUCAUAGCCUAUCAGAGUGCUUUUCAUUCUUUCAGCAACGAAGAGAUGCAACCGGGAGGCUCGGUCUUUCUGCACUUCAAAAAUGCACGGCAGCAAUUCGUCUGCUUGCUUAUGGUACUGCGGCUGACGCGGUUGAUGAAUAUCUCCGACUUGGUGAGACCACCGCACUUUCAUGUUUACAUAAUUUCACUGACGGAAUAAUACAUAUAUUUGGAGAGGAGUAUCUACGACGACCCACACCAGAGGAUCUUCAACGACUACUCGAUAUUGGAGAGACACGAGGGUUUCCUGGGAUGGUCGGGAGCAUUGACUGUAUGCAUUGGGAGUGGAAAAAUUGCCCAACUGCUUGGAAAGGACAGUACUCACGUGGAUCAGGAAAACCGACAAUUGUCUUAGAGGCUGUAGCUUCACACGAUCUUUGGAUAUGGCACGCUUUCUUCGGUCCUCCAGGUACCUUAAACGAUAUUAAUGUACUCGAUCGCUCUCCUGUUUUUGAUGACAUUUUACAAGGUAAAGCUCCGAGGGUAAAGUACAUGGUCAACGGACACAUGUAUAAGUUGGCGUACUACCUCACAGACGGUAUAUAUCCAAAAUGGUCAACAUUUAUCCAAUCUAUCACCCUCCCUCAAAGUCCUCAGGAACAAUUAUUUGCUAAAUUUCAAGAAGCUACCCGUAAAGAUGUAGAGCGGGCUUUUGGAGUCUUGCAAGCUCGAUUUGCGAUUGUGAGAAACCCGGUAAAAACUUUGGAUAAGGAAAAGAUAGGAAAGAUUAUGAGAGCAUGUAUCAUCCUACACAAUAUGAUAGUCGAAAAUGAACGGGACGGAUACACUUGUAUCGAUAUAUCUGAAUUUGAAGAAGGAGACAACACUAGAACUUCACAGGUGGAAACGGAGAGACCUACAAAUCUGAAUAAUAUGUUUCCCAAUCGGAAUGAUCUUCGUGAUAGGAAUAUGCACGCCCAAUUAAAACAUGACUUAAUUCAAAAUGUUUGGAACAAAUUUGGUGAUGAAUAUUAAUAAUUGUUGUAUCUUUAUUUUUAAUUAUUGUGAUUUUAAAUUUAUUCAGGCUAUAUUAUUGAAACAUUUGAUAAUUCACUUUUUAAAAAAAAAAAAAUUUUAUUCUAAGGACUUCUUAUUAGGACUCACCAUUGUAAACACUUAUUUGGUUCAGAUCCUUAGCUAUUUAACAAAAAAAAAAAAAAAAUUUAAAUUACUAAGGGUUCCACAAUGGGUGCCACCAUUGUGGAUGCUCUUAUGGGUUUUUGAUAUAAUUUUCACCCUAACCUGCCGCUUCAUCAUCAUCAUCAUCUCCUUGUUAGAGAAGUUACUUUCCUUUUUAACGCUAUUUCUCCGUAUUGCUUCCUCCACAAGACCUCACAUCGUAGCUGCUAGAACUCAUCUCCGUGAGACCAUGUCUAGAAACAGUUCUGGCGUUAUCCCUCUGGAUCUAAUGGUAGAGAUAUUCGAGAAACUUCCUACCAAAUCCCUAGCGAGAUUUCGAUGUGUCUCGUAUCAGUGGGAAAGUAUUAUCAAUAACUUCAUAGUCAUUGACUCGAUCGUGACACGGCGAUUAAUAAUUCAACAACCCCGUGAUCCCCACUUCUUCUUCGAGAAGUGUCGUUAUCAACCACCGCAUGAUCUACCUUUUACCAUCUUAACGUAUCAUCAUCAAGCCACAGACGAAGAACAACACUAUCACGAGGAGAUCAUUGGCGAAGGCUAUCUGAUAGGCUUUCAAUACGUACGUGGCUUGAUAGGGUUUUGGUGUUCACAUAACGUUGAGUACUUCAGAAUACACAACCCUACAACAAGGCAAUCUAUUUUCUUACCCAAUACUACACGUUUACCAGGAGCCUUGUUCUACUUAUUCGGGUACGACCCUUUCAAGAAUCAAUACAAAGUAUUGUGUCUAACACAUAACCUAUAUGAACUGUCUCUGUCUUGUACUCUUUUCAUAUUGAAAGAUGUCUCAAAAAAGUGGCGGGGCAUCCAAUGCAGCAUUGGAUUUCACUUCCUUUUCGGGCAAGAAGUUUGCAUCAGCGGGUCAAUCUAUUACAAAGCAAGGGAUGCAAACGGGACUCCUGUUUUGGCGAGUUUCGAUGUUAGGCAUGAGAAAUUUAAUCAUGUUCGGACUCCAGAAAAUCUGUUGGCGUAUUAUAACCAUGAAGAUUCGACUCUUGUAAACUACCAUGGGAAGUUAGGAUGCAUAUGUCCAAGCAGCUUCAACUGGAACGAAAUGGAUAUGUGGGUUAUGCAGGACGCUGAGAAACAAGAGUGGUCGAAGAUUGAUACAUUCUUAGACAUGCUUCACGGUUUACCAAAUUUGAAUAUGGUGAGAUUUGCGGGUGUCACUAAUCCCGGAGGCGAAAUCGUUAUAGUCCAUAAAGAGUAUCUCAGUGAGUUGGCACUAAAGGUUUAUUAUUAUGAUACGAAACAAAAUGGUCUUAGAAGAGCUGAAAUCCAAACUACAAGGCCUAGUGAUCAAGUUACAAUCCGGGCUGUCACAGAUCAUGUUGAGAACAUCAUGCAUUUGUAAUUCUCUGCAUUAUAGUUAAGAGUUUUGGAAUACUAGAUAAUAUGCUACUUCUUUUUUUUAUCACAAUUUAUAUGUGCCACGUCUCAUCCUGUUUGAGGAUA